GAAAGUCGGGGCCUCUCGGGGAUCAGUUCCGCGAGUGAGUUCAUUUAGCCAAACGACUGAAUCAGGGUGAGCUCGUUUGCUUCGUUUUUGAAGUUGGAAAGACAAACGAAAGUUAUCUUUAAGUCGAGGUUGUAAAAGUUUCAUGGGGUCGUCGGCGGCCGGUUCCGGCCGAGACGGGCCGAUACGGCAGAGUUGAGCUCCGGUGUGGCUGGUGCAUUUAUCGACCUGCUGUGGUCAACUCUUUUGUCUUUCAUUUUGAAUCGCGUCCGGACAGAUUCAUCGAGCCACCCACUGCCAAUCUCUCUCUUUCUCUCUCUCUUCUUGCUUGACCAUCACCCACUACCACCACCACUCUCUGCUUCCACCGUCCGAUGUGAUUCCUAUUCUCUCUCUAGCUCUCUCUUGUCGGCGAUGGAGCCUCGUUUUCAGGCUCACCGGAGUCAUUGAAGGAGUUAUCUGCUCCCGUUGGUUUCUUGGCCUCUUCAGUUGGAAAAAGGAAGAAGAGAGAUAGAAGUGGAGCUUUCUGUUUCGAGUGACUGAAGAUUUCAGCAGUGGCAGUAUCUGCCCCCGUUGGUUUCUCUGCCUCUUCAGUUGGAAAAAGAAAGAAGAGAGAAAGAAGUGGAACUUUCUGUUUCGAGUGAUUGAAGAUUGCAGCAGUGGCAGUGAACGACUGGACUCGAUUGAGAGGCAGGCGGUCGGUCUCUUAUUAUGAUCGCCUGUGGGGUUGUUGGUUUUAGUUUUCACGCUUCUGCUGCUGCUGCUGAUCAGAAAUUGAGAGCCAGAGUAAUUUCAGCAAUGGCAGCACUUCCAAAAGAUCACCCAACCAGCACGCUCUGCGGCAUUUAAGACUCCCCUCUCCUUGCAUUUAAGUGCAUCCCUCCCCGUCUGCUUUACUUCUGUGUCUUUCUAUUGCAGCACAGGCUAUCUUUUUAUGUGCUCAUUCUGCCACCUUCUUGGGAACCGCUGAGAGCAAUCAAUUUGCCAGCACACACACGCAGAAUGUUCAAUAGUCUCUAAGAAAAUGUGUGUAGAGAGAGCCUUUGACCACCAGCAAAGUUUCCCCUUGCGGCAGCCUGAGAUAAAAUGGCAGAAUGUACUCAAUACCCAAAUACCAUGUAUUUUCUGGGCUCUGAAGUUACAGGGCCAUAAAUUGAGAUACUAACAGCAGCAACUACAAUUGAAGAAGAAGAAGAAGAGAAUCCUGCUUGGACACGGUAGUUCAUCGAUUCAACCGUUUCACCAAGUUGGCAAUCAUGCAUAGGCUAGCGUGUUGCCGUAAAGACCGGGAGCUCAGUAUGGAUUUCGAGGAACAAGAGAGGAUCAUGAGAUACGAUGGUCUUGAAAGUUGCAUACAUGAUAACUGUGCUUUUGAGAACGAGAGCAGCAGCACAUUGGCAGAAUUUUGUUCUGCAGAUUCGUUAGAGGAAGAUGCCUCAAGCGCUUCAUCAAGCAAAGAGGGCUCUGCAUCUUUCUCUUUCCCAUUGCUGCCGACCAAAGAGGAAGCAAAACAGAGUAGAGAAUGUGAUCCGCUUAACAGCCAACGAUUCUUGGUCACAGAAAAGCCAUCUUACACCUUGCAGUUGGAUGAUAUUAUUGCAAUGAAGGAGAGGUUUUCAAAGCUUCUUCUUGGUGAAGACAUGUCUGGUGGGUGCAAAGGGCUGAGCACUGCACUUGCCUUGUCAAAUGCAAUAACCAAUCUUGCAGCAUCUGUCUUUGGAGAAUUAUGGAAAUUAGAGCCAUUAUCAGAAUGUCGCAGAGGAAAGUGGCAAAAGGAAAUGGACUGGUUGCUUUCUCCUGCUAAUUACAUGGUUGAGCUAGUUCCUGCCAAGCAACAUGAGCCAAAUGGGCGAUGUUUGGAGAUAAUGACACCCAGAGUCCGCUGUGACAUUCAAAUGAAUCUUCCAGCACUUAAGAAGCUUGAUGUCAUGCUUAUAGAAAUGCUGGAUUCAAUGGUGGACACUGAGUUCUGGUAUGCAGAAGGAGGCAGCAGAGCAGAAGGAAGAAGCAAACCCAUCAGACAAGGCAAGAAAUGGUGGCUUCCGGUUCCUCGGGUCCCUUUGGCUGGCCUUUCAGCUGAUGCAAGAAAAAGGUUGGUCCUGCAGUCAGAGGCCACACGCCAAGUGCUAAAAGCUGUUAGGUCUAUAAAUGAUCAAGUUCUAGCAGAGAUUCCAAUUCCUCAAGCUAUUCAAGAUACUUUCCCUAAGACAAUGAAAGCAUGUCUGGGCGAAUCUCUAUACAAAACCUUAAGCAUGAAGUCAGGAUCUACAGAACAAAUUGUGCAGUCAAUUGACUUGACAUCAGAAGAUGAAGCCUUAGAUGUUACGAAGAAACUACAGAUGGCUAUGCUCGUAGGGAAAGAAAUGUUCACAGAAAACUUAUGCGGGAAGGAGAUGGUUCGAAAUUCAUGGGCAUUUGUGAAAGAUCACGAGCACGAACUGGACAAGACAAUGGGCUGCUUGCAGCAAGCUGAAGCCCUUUUACUACAACUCAGACUUAAAUUUCCAAGUCUUCCACAGACAUAUCUUGACAUCAUCAGGGUCCGAUUCAACAAGGAUGUUGGAUAUGCAAUUCUGGAGGCCUAUUCUAGAGUCCUUGGCAACCUGGCAUACAGCAUUCUCUCAAGAAUUAGAGAUGUCUUGCAGGAAGAUGAGAUGACCAGGAGUUACCUUGAGAAACCGCACAAUCCAAUCACCGUAAUUGGAUGUCAUAAAUUGGCGGAAGUAGAUGGAAAACAAAUUUCUGCUACUCGUGAAGGUUGUUCACAAACAUGCUCAAAACGAUUGUCUGGAGCUACUUGUCUAAUUGACGAUGGAAAUAAACCUGUCGAGGUGAACUCUGCUGGGAGUGGAACGAAAACGGGUGCAAUGACAGUGGCAACUGGAAGAGGAAGUGCUUGUUGCUAUGGCAGAGAAAGCUCUAGCACUGUCACCCCUUUGAUUUCCCCUUGACUAGUCUUCUUCCUCAAAUUUAUUUAAAUGAAACAGGGAGGUUGGCACUUGUAAGCAUCGUCAGCUUCAGCUUAUUUCUUGGGACUAGGUCGUCAACCAUGCUCAAUGUCCCUGAGAGAAAGUUGUCUACUUGCUCGUAGCUAUCCUCUUUGUGUAUAAUAUCCUUCUCGAAUAGUAGGUUCCCCACUAAAAUGUAAUCCACUGUAUGACAAAUAUAAGGUACUUAUGGAAUCCAAAGCUUCACUAAUUAUGUACAUACGGAACAUGGAAAAAUAUAUGCCAUUGCUGCUUAGGAAUGAUUAGGUACUUUCGAUACAAUAUGGUCGGAAAGAAUUUCUGUUGUUCUCUGAA